UCCAACCUUGUUCACCUAAAAAAAAAAAAAGAUCAAAAGGAACCACCAACAACAACCAGAAUAUCGCCGUCGCGAGUCGUCGUCGAUCUCUCCGCCCCGCCCGCGCCGCGGAAUCUGACCUCUCUUUCUUUCCGAGCCGAGGACCGGGCGCCCUUACAUCCGCGCCGCCACGUGAAUCGACGUCCUGAGCCCUCGCGGUCUCUCGUCUCCCCGUGCGAGAGGACGCCGGCGGCAGCGGUGGCAGGGGGGAGGAGGACCGGAGGCGGCAGCAGGGCCUUGCGCCCAGAGGUGGACGGCGGCGGGCCUGUUCUCGGCGUCGCGUGGGGAGGUCCGCGGGGGAAGGCCCGGAGUAGCCGCGGGAAGCACGAGUGAAAUCAUGAGCUCGCUCUGUCCUUUCGCGCGAGCCACCAAUGGUGGUGGCGUAUGCCCUGUGAAAUCUGAUAAGAGCAACGCUGGGGUGUGCCCUGCAAAAUCUGACAAGAGCAUCAGCGGCGUAUGCCCUGUCACUGGGAAGGAUCAUGGUAGCGAGCUCAAGGAAAGUAGUGACCAUGGUGAGGAAAAGAGCACUGAUCCUCGUGUUGUGCCAGCAAAAUGCCCAUUUGGCUAUGACUCCAACAUGUUCAAGCUUGGUCCGCUCAGCUGCAUUGUCUGCCAGGCACUGCUCCAUGAGAGUAGCAAAUGCAAGCCGUGUGCCCAUAAAUUCUGCAAGGCAUGUAUAUCACGCUUUAAAGACUGCCCACUAUGUGGUGCUGAUAUAGAGGGUAUUGAGCCUGAUGCUGAGCUUCAAACUCUUGUUGAUCGCUUCAUUGAUGGCCAUGCCAGAAUCAAGCGAUCACAUGCUAAAGGGGAUGUAGAAGCAGCAGGUGGCAAGAAUAAAGUCAUAUAUGAGGAUGUCUCCAUGGAGAGAGGAGCUUUUCUGGUGCAGCAAGCUAUGAGGGCUUUUCGCGCCCAGAACAUUGAAAGUGCAAAAUCAAGGCUUACUAUGUGUGCGGAUGACAUCAGGGAGGAGUUGAAAUCUUCAGAAGCUAACCUAGACUUAUGUUCACAGCUUGGAGCUGUAUUAGGAAUGCUUGGGGACUGCUGUCGGACCUUGGGAGAUGUUCCUUCAGCAAUCACUUACUAUGAAGAAAGUGCUGAGUUCCUCUCGAAACCCCCUGCAAAAGAUCUUGAGCUGGUUCAUACUCUCUCUGUUUCACUAAAUAAAAUUGGUGACCUUCGCUACUAUGAUGGCGAUCUUCAAUCUGCAAGAAACUACUAUGCCCGUUCAUUGGAUGUUCGCAGAAAUGCAGUAAAAGAACACUCUGCAGUGGCUUCUCAGGUCAUUGAUCUAGCAACUUCUCUUGCCAAAGUCGCGGAUGUGGAUAGAAAUCUUGGGAAUGAAAGUGCAGCAGUUGAGGGUUUUGAGGAAGCAAUUCAAUGCCUUGAGAAGUUGAAGCUGGAUUCUGAACAAGCUAGCCUUGAACAGCGGCGCCUUUCGGUUCUUGACUUCCUAAACAACCAAUUGGCAGAUAAAUAAGACAUGGUCUUCUCCUAAGAAUGCACCAAUGACAGAUGUCUUCUCAUGGUAAUGUUCAACUCCACUACUUAAGGCUCCCUUUGGAAGGAGCUGGCCUAGAAGCAGCGAUCAGUAUGUGUGUUUACCACCGUUUGAAACUUUUGUCACGGCACAAAAUAAGUACUCAUGCACUAUAAAUGUAUCAUAUAUAUAUGCCCAUCGAGUACUCUUGAUGAUUGCCGAUAUGGUUUGGUAGUCUAAGCACUCUAGGUUGUCAAUGUCAGCCUGGAGCAGCGCGUAAGAUGUAACUUGUGGGAAGUUCCAUCUCGCUUUACCGUGUCAUGUGUGAACACUUAUCCUGUUGUAUAUUGACAAUAAGGCAGGGAGAUGCCAAUCAAAAGCAUGUCUGUUGUUUCUUUUA